AUGGAUUAUGUUGAAGACGAUGCAUCGGCAUUGGAAUACGCUGAGGAUGAUGGUGUUGCCGGCUUCAACUCGCUUGAUGGUUGCCUAAGAUGCACUACAAAAGGGAAACGUAUCAACGGAAGAGUUGCAUUCUCUGAGUCUAGAGCACCAGAUCGAACAGAUAAGGAAUUCAGGAUGCGCACUUACGGCAACCAUCAUAAAGAAGAUUCUCCUCUGAUACAUUUAAUCAAUUUUGAUAUUAUACAGCAAGUAACUGUUGCCGAUCCGUUGCAUUUGAUAGAUUUAGGACUAACCAAACGACAACUUAUAGGCUGGAUGUUUGGUAAUUUUGGCGUGAAAAAGAAAUUAACGUCCUCACAAAUUAAUACUUUGUCAACUAAGUUAACUAACAUCAAAUUACCUGUAGAAAUUCAUAGGAAAUUUCGUUCACUUCUCGAAAUAAAGCGCUGGAAAGGGUCAGAGUUUGCUUCGUUUUUACACUAUGGGUCUCUAGUUGUGCUGAAAGAUUCGAUUGUUGACGAUCAAUAUAGCCAUUUCAUGCUGUUUUUUUGCAGCCUUACGCUAUUCUCGUCAGGUAUUUACAAACAGAAUUGGGUCGUAGCCAAUACUCUGCUUAAACUCUUUGUGAAACAGUAUAGUAAUAUCUAUGGUCCAGAAUAUGUAUCAAGCAACGUGCAUAAUCUUUUGCAUAUUAACGAAGAAGUGGAACAGUUUGGUCCACUUAAUACAAUCUCAUCAUAUCCGUUCGAAAAUGAGCUGCAGCGUUUGAAAAGGUUAUUAAGAAGCGGUAGGAAAAGCUUGGAGCAAGUAAUUAACCGAAUAUCUGAAAGGGAUGCCUAUUAUACACCACAAGUAAGUGAACAAGCUAGGUAUCCUUCAAUUCAUCAGCGAGGAAACACAAUAACAUUACAUAUACGCAAAGAUUUUUGUUUGAAAAAUGAACAAAGCAACAAAUGGUUCCUUACGAAGUCUGGGUAUAUUUGA